AUGGAACCUUCUUUCCAUCUCUCUAAGCCAGCACAUGAGAUGUUGGAGUCUCCAAGUCAAACAUUUCCAGCUCUUAUAGCAUUUGGAGAUUCAAUACUGGAUACGGGUAACAACAACUGGCUUUUUACAAUGACAAGAGCCAAUUUACCUCCCAAUGGACGAGACUUUGCUGGAGGAAAAGCAACAGGAAGAUAUGGGAAUGGAUUAGUUUUAUCUAACUUAAUAGGUUUGGGAAUUAAAUUUCCAUUGCCAGCAUAUCUUGACCCAAAUCUUCCAAGGGAAGAUCUUGCAACUGGCGUAUGCUUUGCUUCAGCUGGUUCAGGAUUGGACGAACUAACAGCCAAAACGGUCAAGGAGGUCGAAGCGUAUAAUAUCUCACAAGUUGUUAUGAACCGUGAUAGUUAA